CUACUUUAUAACUGCUUCACUGGGAGUAAAGGAAGUCAGUCCGCUUAAUUGACUGUAUAAAAAUGUAAAUACAGUCGUCACAGGAGCAACAGUAAAAUGAGUGUGUGCUCAAAGUUACAGUACACACAAAAUAUACAAUAUACAAUAUAUAUGAAUAACAUAAAAAGCCAAAUCACAAAGUAACACAUAAAAAACUGAGAACACACACACACACAUCAACACGCAGGCACACAGGCACGCACACACACAAGCACAGAAUAACAUCAGCAUCAGUCAUGGCUGGGGGCAAAGACACGGGUGAAGCGCAGGAGGAGGAAGGCAUUUUGAAACAGAUGGUGAGAGAAAAAGGCAGCACGGUAAAAAAGAAAAGAAAAAGAGAUGGACCGAAGGCAUAAGAAGGUUCAGGUCAAAAGAGAGGGAGAGGUGAAGGAGAGAAAAACCACUGAAUGGAUGGUUAAUACUGACGGCUGAUCUCAGCCAAUCGGAGCAGCCGCCUCCCCUCCUCCUUGCAUCCAGCCUCUGUGAUUGGCUGGCGAGAGCAAAGAUGCAGAGGGAGAGAGAAAGUGAGAGACUGACAGCAGGAUGAAGACAGAGGAAGAAGAAGAAGAAGAAGAAACUGUCAGAUGUGAACAGCUCUGUUCUUCACAUCCCUCCCUCUCUAUCUCUCUCUCUCAGUCUUUCAGUGGUGCCUCUGUCUCGCUCGCCCCUCUCAGAGCUGCCAGUGCUGCUCGUUCGCCCGUGCUGCUUUGUGAUUCCGAGGAGAGAGAGGUUUAAUGCAAUGGAUCUGCUGCCCACCGACUGCUGCUGUUUACACCGCUGCAUCAUGGGAGCCGUAGUUUCCCCGACAGCACAGGAGGACAGCUGAUUGGCCGGGGACUGUGGGUUAUCAGAGUUUGGAGAUGUGAGCUGGCGGCCGGACGAGGCUCAACAAACUCUCUUUCUCUCUUUUCUCUCCUUCCUCCUAAUCUCUUGCUCUUUUUAACCCUUAUCCUCUCCUCUCUUCCUCCCACUUUCUUUUUCUUCUGUAGUUUCUUUCAUCUAAUCUCUACGUCUUUCUUCCUCUCCCUCAUCCUUCUCUCUCUUUCAGUUCAGUUCACAUCACUCUCAACAUUACCCUCUUUUUACCCUUCAUCCCUCUAUUCCGCUCCCCCCCUCUCUCCUCCUGACUUCUAUCCGUCCGAGGAAAAGUCAGAAUGGGUUGUCGUUUCACUAGGAUCAAGUUUUUCUCUCUCAUCAGGCCAAGCCUCGUGAACCUCCUCAUCACAGACACAGAGAGGAGCUGCACUAUGUGGACGAGUAUGGCCAGCCAAUCACUGUGCAGGUAGAUGGGCGAAGGGGACGUGGUCACAGGAGGCGGCGAUCCCAAUGUGCAAUUGAAUGUGGCGCUCCGACAGAAAGACACUGGGAGGCCCUGAGAGCCCUGGGACUGAUGGAGGGAGAGGACGGUCAGAGAGAUGGCUACAGCGUAGGACCCUACUAUGGUCACAUGACCAUGUCACCUGACCUAUACCCAGCCAAUAGUCAAAUGAUGAUGUCGCCUGAUGUCUAUCCUCCAAAUGGCUACCUGGGCAGAUCCUCAAACGACCAGCACCCGGGUAACAACUACCUGCCGAGCGUCUCUUACAGCUUAGAUCACCUGGACAGACUCGACUACCAGGGACUGGAGAUGUUGCCCUACCAGCCCAACUCAGAGAGCUGUCUGAUUGGUUGCUACAACACUGAAGAGAUGGAGCACAAGGAUUUCCCCAGACAGUCUGACUAUCAUCCUCAUUGGCGGUCUGAUCGUCCUCUAGGAUAUCUACCUCUAAGUGAGCUUGACAGUGGGCUGGGUUGUGGCCCCGACAGCCCGCUUCACCGAGUGGCGCUCUCAGAGGCCGAGACGGACGCCAUGUCAUCGCUGCCAGGCCACACCGCCUCCUCCCAAGGCUCCUCCUCUUCCUCCGAGUCCCUGAUCUCCUCUGAACCAAGUGACUCGGGCUUCCACAGCGUCAGCACCGGUGAUCACAGACGGCUGCACAAAAUUCACGGAACUCAUCGGCAAUCUCAACAUCUCCGCUCAGGCCACUCCCCUCGAGAGCAGAGAGGACGCUGGGAUCUGGAGUCCAUCCCUGAAACAACCCUUAUGACUCACCCUGGACCCCCCCAGGCGUCCCGCUGCACUGUGGGUAACAGCACGACCACAACAGUUCACUUCCACAGAGCUGAGAGGAGUCCAACUUUACCUCGCCACCGAUCGCCACCCUCCCCCUCCAUCGGUUGUCGUACUGAGCCCUGCCAGCGAAGAGCGCUAUGGCUGGAGCAGCAGCAGAGAGGAGGUGGCACGAUAGAAGGUCCAGGACGGAGUCGAACGAUACAAGAUUUGAGUGAAGGACAGCGCCGCCGCAGGGCCAGUCACCCCAACAUGGCAGAUCCAAACACUAUUGAAAACAAACUCCAGAACAGCCAGUCAGGUGCAGCCACCAACACUGUUGGACCGAGGAGCAGGGCCAGUUAUCCCAGUAACUGUCACCCCACCAGUCACCUUAGCAUAGACAGAACCAGUCUAACCAAUCAUCAGAACACGUUGAGGAACAGCCAGGGCUCCAUUCGCAGCAGAGAGGAGGACACUCUCUCUAAGAGUCCUGGAUCGGGCUCCAGUGGAGCCUCAGACUGGCGUGGCUUUCAGACUCUUGGGAAUCGUACCGGCAACCUUAAAGGGCCUCCUGUUCCUUUUUACAGCACGCUGGGUGCCCCACAACGGAGCCCACACUCUCCACCCUCUCCCCGCUCAAGGCUGUCCAAUCAGAAGUCGGUCAGGAAUCAGCUGCUCAGAGCCCGAGCUUACCGUUUGGCCAGGGAGCGCAGCGAGGUUACAACGGACGAGGAGGUGCGAGGAGACAGGGAGAGAGACAGGGAGGAGGAAGGAGAGGAUGGCCGAUUGGCGGGGCGAUACUGGAGCCGGACAGAGAGGAGACGCCACGCGGCGCUGUCUAGGCAACACAGAGAGAGGAGAGGAGGAUUGGGGGAGGAGCAGUCCGGGGGAGUUCAGGGGUCACUGUCGUCUCAGACGGUGCUGGAGCUGAGCCACAUGAAGCAGAACCGGCUGAGGAACAGCAAGAUGCUCGACGAUUGGACAACAGUGGAGGAGCUGCUGACUCAUGGAACACGAGUGGAGAGCGACAGUCAGCUUUGCCCCAGCCCCCUGUUAUCGGUUACUACAGUCUGAUUGGAGAACCUCACGCACCCCAAUCCGACCGGUUGCUGAUUGAUUGGGACCUCCGAUCUAUCAGGUCCAGAUUCACAAAAGGUUUGUGUGGUUAACUUGUAAACUCAUUGUCAAGAAUCUUUCUAUGUCAGGCCGUGGUAGCAGGUAAUGCUGUGUUCAUUUCAUAUCAAUUAACCACUAAUUGUGAGCAACCAAUUGGGGAAAAAACAAUUAAUGUCAGUUUCUGGCUUGAAUUUCCAAGUGGGAGAUGUGGGGAAUUAAAUCACAAAACUAUAAUUCAAUUGGACUCCCACUGCAAUCUUAGUGAGUCUGGAUCUGAGUUGUGUUAUUUAGGAAGUUCUGACGUAUUUGCUGAUGUGCCGGAGGCUGGAAGCUUCUCCUCAAAUGGGUGUAAAACAAGAGAACUGGAGGAACCGGCAGAGAUAAGACCGGGGCUCAGGAGGAAAAUGACCAACAGUCUAUCCCCCAGAAAAGGCAAAAAUGACAAUCUUUGACCCAAACUGAAGUUUAAACCAACGGUACUAUCUGACAAGUAUCUCUUAUCCAACGUUUACCAUAGAAAUAUGUUACUGUAUGUGUGUAAGACACAGGACUCUUAAGUAGCUGCAUGGGCUUCAAACUCUGCAGUGCUACCCGACUCAUUGGAUGGAUUGGUCGAAUUUCUUCACAACCCAGACUGACCGGGACUGGUUUGAAAUAUCACACCACUGGUUAUGUUGCCUUCGUUUCUGUCUCUGUGCCAUGAAUAUGUAGGAAUCCUCCAUGUUGCCGUUCACCACACUUUCUUUUUUUCUUUUUUUUAAAUGGCCACUUCCACCGGCUUCUCCUUUACCAUAUUGAUCUCCUUGCACUCACUCAAACUUGGAGUGUAAAUAAGUCUGACUCUAUAGAGAGGGCUAACAAGUCUCAAUGCAGCACUGUGUGCAACCAGGUUUCUAUUUUAGAUGACAUCUGUUUGGAUUUGUUCUGCAUUCAAUUAGUUUAGCUGUCAGAUGAUGAUAUGCAGUAAUAUCUAUUCAGCAAAUGUUGUGCCAUAUGCCAUGAAUCACAAAUAGGGAUAUAUUAUAUUCAAAAGAAUAGUUUGACAUUUCAGGAAAUACACUUAUUUACUGUCUUGCUGAGACUAGUCAGAUGAGAAGAUUUAGAGCUCAACCCUAUGAAGCUUUAAACAUGAAGCUUAGAGUUAGCUUAGCUUUGCAUUAAAAGGCCCUUUUAAUUAAAAAAGCUAACUAGCUUCAUAUUUAACAGACAUAUGUGAGAGUGGCAUCGAUGUUCUCAUCUAACUCUCACAGGAGCAAACAAUCAUUUAAUUUUGCCUAUUGUCAAACAAUUCCUUUAACAUGUUUCAGCCUCUGACGUCAGUAAGCGUAUGGCCAUCUCACGAGUACGCAGAGCAUGAACUAUUCUUGGUACAUAUCACUGUGUUGAGUGUUAAAUUACUAAAUGAGCUGUCGGCUGCAAGCUGCAUGUUGUACUUUUCAUUUUCAAAUGACUCAGACUUUUAUCCAGCCUGUCAGGUUUUCAGUAAUCACAUUCAGGUUAGUUUUUUCUUUCGCCCAAGAUAUUAGAUGAGAUUUUAGAUCUGCCUUGAUUCUGUGUGGGAAGACUGGAGGAUUACUGGUUCACAGCUGCAGGAGUACAUUAAUCCCAUAACUGUAAAUGGGAUUAGACUCGUGGCAAAAAAAAAGAUCGAUAUCCCUGUCAUGUCCUCACACAGACUGCUACAGGCCAGUACUGUGUGAUUUACAGGCACCUUUAAGAGGAAGUGGUGGAAGAUGGAUUUGAAAAUGUUAAUCAGGUUUAAAUGUUCUUAUGUAAUAAUGUGUCAUACAAUGAAAACUGUUCAAUGCAAUUUUGUUAAAUAUGAGAAAAUGACGAUUUAUUUUCAUAUUCUGUCGGGUUUUGGAAGAAGUGAAAUCCUAAAGACAGGAUCAAAAUUCUUUUUUGAUCCUGUCUUCAGGAUUAUUUUUUUCUUUAAUUUGUUUCUUUUUCUAAAGUGUGUGUGUAUGAGUGCGCGCGUGAGUGUGUCUUGAAUGGCAUAUCAUUAGUUAACUUUGAGAUUGAUACUAACUUGUUAGUAGUGUUUAGCCAAAGACUGUAUGACUUUGGUUUGUGUGAAGCUUAGAACAAUUUACCACCGUAUGAUGUCAAAGGAUAUUUUAUAAUCACAGUAGUUUUAUAUAUUCUCUGUUAUUUUUGCCUUGAGUAGAUUAUUUUCUGCUUUUCAUCAACAUCUUGCUAAGCUAGUGUACGUAGAUGUUAGUGUACAACCAACUGUUAGCAUAAACAGAUUAAUACAGUAUAAACCCAGCAUGUUAACUCAUGAUUAACACAGAUGACUGUAAAUAAAGAUGGACGUUAUGACAGAUCGCCAAAGUGAAGCAAAAUUAUCUGGAUCGCCCCCUGGUGGCUGGCUGCAGUACAUGUCCUAAACCCUGCUCCCUCCAUGUUAGCAGAUUGUACAUGGACCAAACAAAAAAAAAGGACAUGUUAAAUAAAUGUUUCCAAA